UUUGUUGGUAUCUAGUGCAAGCUUGAAAUUUCCUAUAUGUAUUGCAAUUUCCCUUGUUGGGGGUACUAAUGAAUCUUGUAGUUGUUUACAAAAUGGUAUUUGGUGUUGAUUUGGUUAGGUGAACAUCAAAUGGAUUUUGUUUAGACAAUAGUAGGGAUGUUUAUGUGGGUUAAUCAGAUCGAAAUCAAGGGUUAAAACACACAUACACAUUACGCGGUAUAUAGCUCCAAAAUCAACUCGAAACUUGAUGUUUGAGAAUUAAAAGUGAGGCAUUAGGUACUAGAUCCUGACAUUGAAGCACAAGUGAGGAAAGCAGUUGAAACCAACUUUGAUAACAGAUAACGUAUGGAGAUGUUUCCAAACUUACUGAGAUACACCCUGUAAAUAAGGUGAAAUUUAUUUAAAUAGAUACACAAAAUCAUGGGAAGGGUGAAGAGUUAAUAACCCACAACUCAUAAUGGUUGUUCUAUCUGAACUUCCAGAAGAAUCUUCAUCUUCUUCGUCAACUCAUGCCCAUAGUCCAUCAACUCAUGGCCAUAGUUCAUCAAUUGAUGGUUAUAGAUAUGACGUAUUUUUAAGUUUUAGAGGUCUUGACACUCGUCUUAGUUUCACCAAUUACCUUUAUGAGGCACUUAUAGAGGCCAAUAUCACUACCUUCUUGGAUGAUGAAGAAAUUGACACAGGGGAAGAUCUUAAACCGGAAUUGGAGAGUGCAAUUAAGGCAUCUCGGGCUUCUAUUAUUGUGAUGUCUAAGAAUUAUGCUUCUUCAACAUGGUGUUUGGAUGAAUUGGUGUUGAUCCUUGAGCAGCGUAUCACAUCCAACCAUAUUGUCAUCCCUAUAUUUUAUCAUGUGGAGCCCACACAUGUCAGGAAGCAACAAAGUAGCUUUGGAGAUGCAAUGGCUAAGCAUAAACAGACAAUGGAGGCAGAGAGAAAUGCAAAUAAAAGAAGUCAAUGGGCUCAAAAGAUGGAACAAUGGAAUAAAGCACUUGUAGAUGUUGCUAAUUUAAAAGGAAAUGAUGUCAAUGGAAGGUUCGAGACAGAGUUUAUUGGAGAAAUUGUGAAGGACAUCUACCGUAGAUUAAAAGUACCCCUAAGGAGCGCUCAACCACUACUUAUUGGGAUGGACUAUCAUAUUGACUUUGUCACUUCAUGGUUGAAAAAUGGAUCCUCUCAUAGGGCAGACAUACUCAUUAUUUUGGGUAUGGGUGGGAUCGGAAAGACAACUUUAGCUAAAUAUGUCUAUGGGUUACAUUGUCGUGAAUUCCAUACAAGCAGCUAUAUUGAAGAUAUUAGUAGGAAAUGUGAUGGAAAGUUUAAUGGGUUGCUUGAUUUACAAGAACAACUAUGUGGUGACAUUUCAAAAAUAAGUUUAACUAAAGUUCAUGAUGUUUUAGCAUACACCUCAAAGAUAGAGAAUGCAGUAGCUCAUAAACAGGUAUUUCUUGUUCUUGACGAUAUCAGUACUCUUGAUCAGUUGGAUGCAUUGCUUGGAAGCAAAGGUUUUCACCCGGGAAGCAAAAUCAUUAUAACAACAAAGGACGCAUGGUUGACAGAGAGUUGUGCACUUUUCAAAUCAAAUAUAAAACCCAAGAAGACAGAGGUAUUGCUUCAAAGCUUACAUGAGACUGAAUCACGACAACUUUUGUGUGUCCAUGCAUUCAUGUGCAACUAUCCUAAGACAGGUUAUGAAGAGGUGUUAUAUAAGCUUGUGAAUUAUUGUCAAGGACAUCCAUUGGCUCUUGAAGUUUUGGGCAAGUCUCUACACAAUAGAGAUGUAGCCUAUUGGGAAGGGUGUAUAGAAGUUCUAAAGAAAGAAACAAGUUCCCCUAUAAAUAAUGUCCUGAGAAUGAGCUUUGAUUCUUUGCCAUCUAACAAUGAUAAGGAGUUGUUUAAGCACAUAGCUUGUUAUUUUGUUGGAAUAGAUAGAGAUGUUAGUGAAACAAUUUUAAAGGCAUGUGAUAUAAACACGAAAUCUGGGAUCACAAAUCUCAUUGACAGAUUCCUUCUUACUAUUGGAUGGAACAACGAAUUAAACAUGCAUCAGUUAAUUCAAGAUAUGGGAAGAUGCUUAAUACGUCAAGAAUCACUUGACAAACCAUGGAAGCGAAGUUGAUUAUGGUGUCAUGAGGAGUCAUUCAAAGUGUUAAAACAAAAAAAGGGAACAGGAAAUCUUGUAGGCCUUGUCCUUGACAUGCGAAUGCUUGAGAAAGAGAAGGAUGCAUCAUUUGAGCUAAAGACAGAUGCAUUGAUUAAUAUGGAUAAUUUGAUGCUACUACAACUUAAUUAUGUGCAUAUGAAUGGAUCCUAUGCGAACUUUCCAGAGGAAUUAAGAGGCUUGUCUAUGCAUGGUUUUCAUUUAAAUUCUAUACCUUUAGACUUGCCCAUGGAGAAUCUUGUUGCUCUUGACAUGUCAUACAGCAGUAUUGAAUCAUUUGUCGGUUCUUAUAGUAAUCCACGACUUGAGAAGAGGCAAAAGGUGGACGGGUCAUGCUUAAAAGACAAAAAGUUGCUUGGAUCAUUGAAAAUUCUUAAUUUAAGUUUUUGUAAACAACUUCGUAGUGUUGGUGACUUUGACCAACUCCCUGCACUUGAGACGUUAAUAGUUAGAAACUGCAUUAGUUUGCUUGAGGUUUGUGAAUCAAUUGAUCAAUGUGUUGAACUUUUCUUCGUGGAUCUCAGCUCUUGCGACAAGCUUGAAAAUCUUACAAAAAUCAUAGGAAUGUUAAAAAAGGUUAAAACUGUGUUGCUAGAUGGAUGCAAUCUAGGUGAAUCUCGAAUCAAGAAUAUGGAUAUCGAAUCACUGGAAAUGUGCAAGGAUAGUGACAUUGGCAUAUACAAAGGAACCUCUUCCUCUACCUUUGUGCGUGCUAUACCAAGUGAUUUGAAGUUGUUUUCAAGUUCUUUAUCAUGGUCUUUAGUAAGUUUGUCGCUUGCAAAUAACAAUUUGUCUGAUGAAUCCUUUCCCAUGGACUUGAGUUGCCUAUCCAUGUUAAAGGAAUUAUAUUUAGAUGGCAAUCCUAUAAAUUCCAUGCCUAGUUGUGUGAGAACCCUUCCUAGGCUUGAGAUACUUAGCAUGAAUAACUGUGAAAAACUGAAGUCAGUUGAGCAUCCUCCACGUACACUAAGCAGGUUAUUGCUCUAUUCUGAUCAACAGCAGUUUGUAGAAAAAGUUGUAUUUGAUCCCGAAAUGUCUCCACUAGAGUUAUCAUCAAACUGGAGGGUAGGUUAUACACCUUGGUCAUAUGAAAUUGAAGGUAUGCUCAAAAUAGAAGCAAUGGUAUGUGUCGAGGAAAAGGUAUUACGUAGCUUGGGAUGGACUAAUGUAGACUUCUUUAAGGAGAGAGGCGUGCAAACUAACUCUCCGGAAUCUAAAAUCCAGACAAUGUGUUAUGAAUUUGGAAUAUUCAGCACGUGGUAUGAAGAGGAGAAGAUGCCGAGUUGGUUUAGGUAUAGAAGUCUUGGGACAUCAAUAUCAUUUACCAUCCCAUCAUCAUCUCCAAAAAACCUUACAGCACUCAACUUCUGCUAUGUACAGACAUUGAAAUCUAUAGAUGAGUGGUUGGAAUUUUCAUAUGAUCCUCAGUUCCCACGUUCACCAAUGAUCACAAUUAGUAAUAUAACAAAGAACCGAAUGUGGAUAUACGAGCGUCACAUGGACAGAGUUAUUGUAGAUGGAAAUUAUUGGGUGAUGUUAAGUCAUUGGAUGUUUGGGAUGAAUGAGAUGGAAGCUGGUGACCACAUUACUAUCACUGUUACAGAGCCAGAUGAUGAACUUGUAAAGGAGUGUGGGGUGAGUCUUGUGUAUGAUGAUGGAGAAGAAAAAGAAGAUGUAUUGGGUUAUUACAAGUCAUGGAAUCACAUAAUUGGUGGAGAUCUCUCUCCUUUUCAAACAAUAACAGGAGAAUACAUCCUAGACAAUAUGCGGUUUUUUGCUGAUGGCAUUCACUUGUUUCCCUAUCAUCGAAAAUUCGUUCCAGAUGGUCCCAGCUUUCAAGAAAAAAAGGGAAUGUGGUUUAGAGCUUUAUCUCCAAGGAAGCCGGACAUAAUUGGUCGCUUAGGUGAGGGUAAGGGGGAAUCUUCAAGGUCUCAUCCUUCACAUGAAAAUGCUUGAAAAAGAGCGGCUGUCUCAUUUGAAAAUAGAUUCAUUCGUCAAAUGGGUAACCUAAUGCUACUGCAACUCGAUGAGUUCUAUCCAAAAUUUCCACAAGUAAGAUGGUUUGCUCCUCAAGUAUUUGAAUUUUUCUUUGUCAUCCACCAUUCCCACCACAAAACCCCAUCUUGAACCAACACCCAAACUCAGUGUUGAGUUGCCUUGAAUUUAUGUUAGACCAUGUAUAUUUGAGUGAGAGUAUACAAGAAGGUAUUGAUUUGUGCUUUUGUUUCAUCUUUAAUUCAGUUAUUUAAAUCGUUUUUCUUUUGUUUUUGUUUUUGUUUUUUUGUUUUUUUUUUUUUUUUGAAGAAUGAAACACAUUGUAAACGUAUUUGUUUUGUGUUCGUGGAGAGGACUCACCAAAUGAUCUAAAAAUGCUUAAAUUUGAGACUAAUAUUAAAAUUUUAAGGAACAACUAAAUAUGAAGAGUAUUUUUCCCAUGCAUAUCUCAUAUCAUUAAUAUAAAUAUGUUUACAUAUGGGCUUUACAGGAAAUAAUCAAAGUGGACUUAAAAUAAAAUAUACACAAAUAAAUAUACAUUAAUA